GGAGGAGAGAGAAACACACAAAGGAAAGCUUUCUGGCUGUGUUUGAGAACAAUUGCGCCGUGGUGGACACAGAGACAGAGGAUACGGCGGCUAACAAACGACUCAGCCAAACAGGAACUCCCAACAAAACAACCACAACUAGACAUGGCUCUGCAGGCGGGUGUCUCCACCUCCAAAGUUCUUAUCCUUGCUGGUGCAGGUUUGACUGGUUCGAUUAUAUUGAGAAAUGGGCGAUUGUCUGAACUCAUUGCUCAGCUGCAAGAAUUGCUCAAGGGUGUUGAUGAAGUGGAGAUCGCACCUUACAAAUACGAUAGUGCACUUCUCUCUGCUCAGAUUCGUCAAUUGGCACAAGAGAUUAAGGAGUUAACAUUAUCCAAUCCUGUGACCAUUUUUAAUGGGAAUGCUUCUUCUAAUGGGAGUUUUGCAUCAUAUCUAGUGCCAGCUGCUGCACUAGGAGCAAUGGGAUAUUGUUACAUGUGGUGGAAGGGCUUGUCAUUUUCUGAUGUAAUGUUUGUAACAAAGAAAAAUAUGGCAAAUGCUGUUGCAAAUGUGUCUAAACAAUUGGAGAAUGUGUCUGAAACAUUGGCUUCAACGAAGAGACAUCUGACAAAGAGGCUGGAAAAUUUGGAUUGGAAGGUGGUGGAGCAGAUGGAAACUUCUAAGCUGAUUGCUAAUGAUGUAGGUGAGAUGAAAACAAACCUUUCACAGAUUGGGUUUGAUGUUGAAAUAAUCCAUCAAAUGAUAUCUGGGCUGGAAGGAAAGCUUGAGCUUCUUGAGAGCAAACAGGAUGCUACAAACUCGGGACUUUGGUAUCUCUGCCAGUUUGCUGGAGGCUUUAAAGAUGGGUCCGGUGCAAAAAUUUAUCAGGACGUUGGUGCUAAGCUAGCAAACCAUUCAGCAGUGACUUACAAUGAUAUAUCUCCUAAGGGCCUUCAAUUUAUUGCUGAAGCUAAAGAGUUGGAUACAGUUGACAAAUCAAUGCAAAACAUGAAGAAAAAUGAGAUUGAUAUCGUACCUGGUGAAAAAAUCAAAACCAUGAAGACGAGAAUACACAGGUCGUAUCCAGUCGGGUUAUCCUUGGCUCGGGACUUGAUAAGUUCCGGCGUAUAAUUAUUUUGAUUCUCUGCUGCUGGUAAAUAUCUGGAUUUUUCAUUCUGAAACUGUUUGGGGUUUUGCAUUCAUUUCUAUACAUGCACUGCAAAUGCAACUCAAGAUUGUUUUGAUUCAACAUUCAGAAAAUGUGUUCUAGAUGUAGACUUGCUGUAGAAGAUGUAUCCUUGGCUGCCAAAGAAAGCACCCAGGGAGUGUUGUAGCUUCAAGUGAGUGUUGCACAUUUGAAAAUAAGAGAACAAUCAUUUGAAUUGCCGCUGGAUAAUUUAUGAGAAUCUUGGCAUGGAAAGCUGGAUUGCCAAGGAUUUUUCAUUUUGCAGAUAAUAUGUGAAUAAUAUUCUCUUUACUGUUCUGGAAUUAUAGUUAAAA